GCUGUUAGCUAGCUCCUCUCGCGAUCCUACAUGCAUGCACGAGAGUAUAUAUAUGCACGGCCUGCACUCUCCAGUCUCCAUUCCGUUCAGUCUCCUCACGCAGCAUCAUCUCAGCCUCUCGGAGUCUCAGUGAGCAGCCAGUGUACACACCGAGCUAAGCUCUUGCACUCCUCUUUGGGCUGAUGAGGAGGCACGCUCCUGCCGCCAGAGCUCACUGCAUCCUUCUUACUCUGACGGUUGUGUUGCUGCUUGCUGCCGUGAGUGAUGGUAUCAGACCAGCUCCUGCUGAUGCAAAACUGGUGCACGGACAAGAGAAGUUCACCGCUGCAUCACAACAGGGGAGCAGCGGGGACGACGGUGUCCUGCUGCAGGAAGAGGUGCACGCGACGGGGUCGACCCUGCCGGACUGCUCGCACGCGUGCGGCGCGUGCUCGCCUUGCAGCCGCGUCAUGGUGAGCUUCAAGUGCUCCGCCGCGGAGCCGUUGCCGUGCCCCAUGGUGUACCGCUGCAUGUGCAGGGGCAAGUGCUACCCGGUGCCCUCCAGCUGACGCCGAUCGAUGCUGGGGUAGUGAGAUGACCAGCUCAGGCACGCGAAGGGAGCAGUUUGUAUCUCGUCGAAGCUUCUAGAAACUUCAGCUGGGGGACUGAGAUUACGUGACUGCUAAUUUCGGAGCAGUUGUAAAUGAUGACCGAUGAGUCGUUAGCUAGUACGUGUAUUGUGACAAGUUCCUGGGUUAUUCCUUCUGUUUAGAAAUA